UGGCAAAACAUAGAAAGAGAAAAGAAAAGGCAAAACAGAUUUCACGCGGACAGGCAAACACAAAAGACACUCUUGUUCUCACUACUUUUUCACUGUUCGGUCGGUGUGAUUAAGAAUGUGUGAGAGAGAGAAACAAAAGACCACCUUGGUUUCUUGAAUCCCCCCCUCCCUCACUCUCUCCCUCUCUUUCAGCUUCUAAUUUCCGCUAUCAACGCCCUCUUUGUAUCCCACGUGUCACUCUCUCUGUUUUUUAUUUGUAUCUUCCGCAUUUCAUUUUUCUAUUAAUAAUUAUAUAAAAUAAAAUUCCAGUUUUUGGCAGUUGUGUUGCAUAUGCAAGUGUGCUUCUUUUUCGUAGUUAUCAAAAACUUGAAACGGGUUACUUGUUUUUUGUGAGUUUAGAAUUAGGAAGGAAGUGGUAGCAGUUUGGACUGAAAACACAGGAAAUUGAGUUGCUUAGUGAAAGAAAGAUGCUCUAUAGCCGUGAAAUUUUGAAUUUCUUAGGAAGGAAAGAUGUGAGGAAGAUACUCAAGAGGAAAGACAGUGAUGCUGGUGAAAGAGGAAAAGCUUUGGAAGAAUUGCGGUCGUCUUUAUUUAGCAGAUUUCGCUUUUCUGAAAGCGCAAAGAGACAAGAGAAACGAUCAUGUGGCCCUGUCCUUGCUCUUACAUUCAAUUUCUUGGUUGCUGUGGGUAUUAUUUUCAUGAACAAAUGGGUGCUUCAAGGAGUUGGCUUCCAUUUUCCUAUAUGUCUUAGUUUUAUUCACUAUUUACUAAGCUGGGCACUGAUGGCCAUUUUAAAAGCUUUCUCUGUACUUCCUGGAUCUCCUCCGUCCAAAUCUACUCGUUUAUCUUUAUUCACUCUUGGCUUUGUUAUGUCCCUCUCUACUGGCCUAGCUAAUGUUAGCCUGAAAUACAAUAGUGUUGGUUUCUAUCAGAUGGCUAAGAUUGCUGUUACGCCGUCGAUUGUUUUAGCAGAAUUUAUAUGGUUUAAAAAGAGAGUUUCUUUCUCCAAGGUGGUUGCACUUACAGUUGUCUCUAUUGGUGUUGCUGUGGCUACAGUAACUGAUUUGCAAUUCAGCCUCUUUGGUGCUUGUGUAGCAUUGGCAUGGAUAAUUCCUAGUGCAGUCAAUAAGAUUCUCUGGUCCACUCUGCAACAGCGGGAGAACUGGACAGCCUUGGCGUUAAUGUGGAAGACUACACCAAUUACAUUGUUUUUCCUUGCUACUUUGAUUCCUUUCUUCGACCCCCCUGGUGUCUUCUCCUAUGAUUGGAAUUUCAGAAACACAGCACUAAUUCUCUUGUCUGCUGUUCUUGGCUUUUUGCUUCAGUGGUCUGGUGCUUUGGCGCUUGGGGCGACGUCUGCUAUUUCACAUGUUGUUCUUGGUCAAUUCAAAACAUGUGUUGUGCUUCUUGGAAACUUCUGCAUCUUUGGCUCCAAUCCAGGAAUGACCAGUAUAUCUGGCGCAUUUAUGGCUAUUGCUGGCAUGUCUGGUUACACAUACCUCAAUAUACACAAUCCAAAGCCACAAACAGGAAAAUCGUCUCCCAGGAAAUCUUCCACACAAUCCAGAUUGAGUAAAGAAAAUGGAGAUGGCUAUGGUGGAGAAUCUGUGUAACUCAUCUUGGUGAAGAUGGCUUAUUGGCUAACACGCAACAACAGGCACUUUUUUUUCUCCCACCGCAUAAAGAAUUCCAUUAGAAAAAUGGAUCAAGUCCAAGAUUACGAAUGGCACAAAGCCAUAGAGGACAGGGGCCAGAAGGCAUCUUGGUAGACCAGUCCAGCCCAGAGAAAAAAGCAAAUGGCCACUGGCCAGGCAAAAAUGUUGAUCUGAAUUGUGUAGAAACAAAAAUGUUGAUCUGAAAGAUUGAAAAUUCAUAUUGUAACAAAUGUUCUCCAAAUUCAAUGAUGGAUUUUUCCAGUUCUUUCUA